AUGUUCUUCAAGCUCUUCUUUUUCAUACUCUCUCAAUCCUUUUAUUAUUCCUCUUCCCAAAUUAUCAACUUCACUUACAAUGGUUUCGGUCCUCCACUGACUGACAUAUCCGUCCAAGGGAUCGCCAGCGUCACACGUAACGGUCUUUUGAAGCUAACCAACACGACCAUGCGGGAAACCGGUCACGCCUUUUAUAACAAACCGAUCCGGUUUAAAGAUUCUCCAAACGGUACCGUUUCUUCCUUCUCCACAACCUUCGUCUUCGCUAUUCACUCUCAAAUCCCGACACUUAGCAGCCAUGGCAUCGCCUUCGCCGUCGUUCCUAACGCAAGCCUUCCUUUCGGAGACCCAAGCCAAUACAUGGGUCUCUUCAACAUCACAAACAACGGUAAUGACACGAAUCAUGUAUUCGCUGUCGAGUUAGACACGGUUCUGAAUCCCGAGUUCAAUGAUAAGAACGAUAACCAUGUCGGAAUCAAUAUCAAUAGCUUGAUAUCAGUGAAUAGUUCUCCGGCUGGUUACUGGAAGGAGACGGGUUUAGGGUUUAAGAACAUGACUUUGAUCAGUGGUAAACGAAUGCAAGUUUGGGUCGAUUACGAUGGUCGUACGAAUCGAAUCGAUGUAACGAUGGCUCCGUUUAAAAAAAGCAAACCUAUAAAACCGCUUGUUUCUGUUGUCAGAGAUCUAUCUUCGGUUCUCUUGCAAGACAUGUUCGUUGGUUUCUCUUCUGCGACCGGCCAUUGUUGUCUACCGGAACAUUUUGUUCUUGGAUGGAGUUUCGGGGUGAACGAGAAAGCUCCGCCAUUGGACUUAUCGAAACUUCCGAAGCUUCCGAGGUGGAAGCCGAGGAGAAUUUACGUAUUCUACAAGAAUUGGAUGCUUUCGAUUUCCAUAUUUUGUAUUCCCCUCGUGUUUAUUCCCUCGUUAAUCUUCCUCGUUCGCUGCAUCUUGAUGAGGAGGAGAAAGUUCGCGGAGGAGCUCGAAGAUUGGGAAACAUAUCUCGGGAAGAACCACCGAUUGAAGUUCAAGGACUUAUACUAUGCUACACAAGGGUUCAAGGACCUUCUCGGAUCGGGAGGUUUUGGAAGCGUUUACAAAGGUGUAAUGCCGAAGACGCAGCACGAGAUCGCUGUGAAAAGAGUCUCCAAUGAAUCUCAACAAGGCUUGAAAGAGUUUGUGUCUGAGAUCGUGAGUAUUGGUCGGAUGAGUCAUCGUAACAUAGUCCCUCUCUUGGGUUAUUGUCGCCGGAAAAACGAGCUUCUUCUGGUGUAUGAUUACAUGCCUAAUGGAAGCUUAGACAAGUAUUUGUACAAUAGUCCUGAGUUAACACUUGGCUGGAAACAGAGGAUUAAUGUCCUUAAAGGUGUGGCCUCUGCUUUGUUCUACCUCCAUGUGGAAUGGGAGCAAGUUGUGAUUCACCGUGAUGUCAAAGCUAGCAACGUCUUGUUAGACGCGGCUUACAAUGGGAGACUUGGGGAUUUCGGAUUAGCUCGGUUGUGCGGUCACGGAUCGGAUCCUCAAACCACACGCGUCGUUGGAACAUGGGGAUAUCUAGCCCCCGAUCACGUCACGACAGGACGGGUUACGACCGCUACUGAUGUUUUUGCAUUUGGGGUGCUCCUACUGGAAGUGGCGUGCGGUAGGCGUCCUAUUGAGAUUGAUAAGGUGAGUGGUGAGAGGGUCUUCCUAGUUGAUUGGGUUUUUGGGUUUUGGAUUGAGGGAAACAUCUUGGAUGCUAAGGAUCCGAAUCUAGGGACGAUGUAUGACCAAAGUGAGGUCGAAAUGGUUUUGAAGCUAGGUUUGUUGUGCUCUAACUCCGACCCACAUGCUAGACCAAGUAUGGGACAAGUGCUACAUUAUCUAAGCGGAGACGAAAUGUUACUAGAUUUGUCGCCAUUGGACUUGUGUAGGAGAGGGAUGAUGUUGGGAAUCCACCACGGAGUUAGGGAGUUAGGCAUGUUCACUGGUGGAUCUUCGAUUGCUGAUUCUAUUCUCUCCGGUGGGAGGUGA